AUGAGAAAUUCGUUUUCGUUUGCCAUUAACGGUUUCUCUCGUCAUUUUUUCUUCCCUCUGCGGUUCCCAAAUUAUUUGCACGACAGCAGCAGUUUUUACUUUUCACUUCUCUCAUACUCUCUGUCUCUGUCUCUGUCUCUGUCUCUCUCUCUCUCUAUCUAUCUAUCUAUCUAUCUAUCUAUCUAUCUAUCUAUCUCUGUUCACUAUAUAUCUAUCUAUGUGUGUUCAUAUCUAUCCAUCUAUGCCCGUUCAUAUUUUUUAUCUCUCCAUCUAUCUAUGGCUGUUCAUAUCUAUCUAUCUAUCUAUCUAUCUAUCUAUCUAUCUAUCUAUCUAUCUAUCUAUCCAAGGCACUUUAUAUCUAUCUAUCUAUCUAUCUAUCUAUCUAUCUAUCUAUCUAUCUAUGUGUAUUCAUAUCUUUCUAUCGAUGUCCGUUCAUAUCUCUCCAUCUAUCUAUGGCUGUUCAUAUCUAUCUAUCUAUCUAUCUAUCUAUCUAUCUAUCUAUCUCUUGUCAAACCUAGUUCAAGUCAAAGACUGACAGAUACACACACACACAUCUAUCUAUCUAUCUAUCUAUCUAUCUAUCUAUCUAUCUAUCUACGCAAAUAG